AUGUCGUCACCAAGCAAGACUGUGGCCUUCAUUGGUCUUGGCGUAAUGGGCUAUCCCAUGGCCCUCAACCUCCGCAAAGGGCUCGACUCUUCUCAUACCCUCCUGAUCUGCGACGUCUCUACCUCCGCGCUCGAAAAGUUCCAAUCAGACGCCUCAGGCCAGGGUCCAGUGGAAGUAGUAAAGAACGGAUAUGAUGCUGUCCAAAGAGCCGACACCGUCAUAACAAUGCUUCCCGAUUCCAAUGCCGUAAAGAAGGUGUAUCUUGAUAAAGAAACAGGAGUCCUUGCCGGUGCGGAGAAACUACCAAAAGGUGGAGAGGAAAAGCUGAUCAUGGAAUGCGGUACCAUCGAAACAGCUACAAUCCUGGAGGUUGCGAAAGCAGUGGAGAACUCCAGUGCGAGCAAGAUGCUGACAUUCGUCGAUGCGCCGGUAUCGGGUGGACCUAUGGGUGCGCAGGACGGUACGUUGGCGUUCAUGGCAGGCGCGAACAACAAGGACAUCUUCCCUACCGUGAAGAGCUAUCUGAGCCACAUGGGCAAACCAGAUGCUAUAUUUCUCUGCGGCGACAUCGGCGCAGGUACAGCGUUCAAGGUCAUCAACAAUUACCUCAGUGCCAUUACAUCGCUCGCCGCGUCUGAAGCCCUGAACAUCGCCUCGAAGAUGGGGCUAGACGUUGCACUGCUUACGGAUGUGAUUAAUGUCUCCGGGGGCCAGUGUUGGGUCACGAGUAAGAGCAAUCCAGUGCCGGGUAUACAAGCCAAUGUGCCGAGUUCGCGAGGGUACGAAGGCGGGUUUCGCAUCGAGCUUUGUGCAAAGGUUUUGGGCAUGGGGAGUCAGCUUGCGGAGAUGGUAGGCGCGCGUACUGUACUCGAUAAGCCUACGUUGGAGGCUUUUGGUGAGGCGAUGAAGGACGAGAGGUAUAAAGGGAAGGACGCGAGGGUCGUGUAUAAGUGGUUGAAUGAGAGUGAGAGAAAAUAG